AUGGAAACAUCAACAACUAUCGUAUCUGAGACAAACACUGAAAUUCAAAAAAGUCAAAUAAGUUAUCAAAUUGUUGAUUCAAAUAAAUUAAAAAAUCGUUUAAAUUCAUUAAGGGAACGAUUGAAAUUAUAUAAAAAUGAUAAGGAAAUUGUUAUCCAUGAGAUGUUUAAUGUUGGAAAAAAUAUAGAAAAAAUGCAAGAUUGUGUAAAGAAUAAACAAACUAUGAUAGAUGAUAUAAAUUAUGGAAUGAAUAUGAUUCUUAAAGAAACUGAAAAAUGGAUUGAAUUAUGGAAAAAAGAUGAGGGAAGAAUACGUUUAGAAAAAAAUACAAAUACUAUUAAUGGUAAUUAUGUACAGGUUGAUCAAUUAUCAAUUUAUAUAAUGCACCUACGUGAAGCCAUCUUAAAUAAAAGAAAUUUGGUUGAGGAGAGAGAAAUUAAUCUUGAAAGUCAAAGAAAACACUAUAAGACUGCGGUAAAUGAAAUUAAAAAUGAAAUUAAAUUACUUAAAAAAGAAAUUGACAAUAUUAAAAAUAAUCUUUAA